AUGGACAAGAGAGCCAGUCACAAAUACUGCUCCACAGACCCCCUUUGGUUCAGUCAAUACAUCAUCCACGAAUGCAAUAUUAUCAACAAGAUUUCCAUUAUAGUGUAUCUGGAGGAAAUGAUGCAGACACACCAAGGACAGCUCGUCGUAGAGGACAUUCUAAACCAUGUCAUUGAUGAUCUGGAAGGUUUCAUGAGGGUACUAUAUGAAAUGGCAGCAGCCAGAAAGGAAUUAGAUAAAAGGACGAAGAAAUCAGCUCGCAAGAAACAGAAUGAUCGUAAGCAGUUUAGAGAUCAGGCUCUUGGGGAGAAAUGGGUGCAAAUGGAAAAUACCAAGAUCAACAUUCAUUCAUCUCAACCUGCUAUGAAUAGAGCACAAUCACCAUCAAGUAUACCUCAAUUCUACUUCAGCUGGUUUUCCACGAGAAGCAUGGGACAGAGAGCUCCUCCUGCACCUCCUCCACCUCCACCACCACCUGGAGGAGCACCUCCUCCUCCGCCACCUCCACCCACCUCCACCAGGAGUCUGGUUGGGAUAUUGUCUGCCGAUAGUGGAAAGGCUUUAUAUAAAAUGGACCGAGAUGACUUGAGAGACAUUUGUGGAACAAAAGAAAGUGUGCGUCUCUUCAGUCACUUACAGAAAGACAGAGCAAAGGCUGCUAAAGAAGCUGGAUCUUCAGAUAAUCAAAGUGAACUACAAGACCUUAAUGAUAUGCCACAAUGGAAAAGAGAGUUGAUUAAAAAGCAGAGACGAAGGAGGGAUGACAGUGAUGAGUCUCCACCAGAAAGACGAAGAGGCCAAAGAAAGGACAACAACAAAACACGAGAUUAUGAUUCAGACGAUGAUCACAAAGACAAGAGAAAAUCAAAACAUAAAGGACACAGACAUCAUAGUGACACUGAGGAAGAAGAAGAAGAGGAAAACAGUCAAACUAAAAGACGACAUCGAAAAGGAAAAAGAAAAGGAAAAGAAAAGAAAGAUCAAGAAGAAAGUAAAGGAAAAUCAAAAAAUCGGAAAAGUUUUGACAAAGGCAAACAUAAAAGUAGCCGGUCUAAGGUUCAAGAUGAAACUCUUGAAAAGAAAGGAAAGAGUAAAAGCAGAGACAAUAAAGGACGAAAGAAAGGUCCUACAAAUAUUGACGACUAUGAUGAGUCAAAUUCUAGCAACUCUGAUAGCUAUUCUGAUUCUGAUCCAAGUAGAUCUGAGUCUGAGUCUGAGUCCUCCAAUGAAGAACCAAAAAGGAAAUGUCGAGCUCUGAGGCAGCACUUAUUCCUGGAGCAUCAUGGGCAUUAG